CAGUCAACAGAUGGCUUUUUGUAUCGGGUAUCGGCCAAAAUAAUAAUAACAAAACAUACAUUCAAAAGAAUGUUAACGUGUUUUAAUAAAAUAUUAUAAAGUGAAACGGUGAAAUUGAAUAUAUUCCAGAAUGCGCUACGGACAGCUAGUUAUGGGCCCCGCUGGAAGCGGAAAGUCGACAUACUGCGCCACAAUGCAACGGCAUGGUUACGACGACAAACGACUGAUCAAGGUGGUCAAUCUGGAUCCGGCCGCGGAAGCGUUCGAGUAUCAACCAUUCAUCGACAUUCGAGAUUUGAUCCAGCUGGAUGACGCAAUGGAGGACGAAGAGCUGCAUUACGGGCCGAACGGUGGGUUAGUUUUCUGCAUUGAAUAUCUGUUGGAGAAUUCUGACUGGUUGAGGAAUCAAUUGUGUGGAUUCGAACCGGACGAUGAGGAUGGAGAGGAAGGUGGUGGCAGUGGAGCUGAUGGAGUGGAGGAACCGGAUGAUGAUUAUAUUUUGUUUGAUAUGCCCGGACAGAUUGAGUUGUACACACAUUUACAGGCGGGAAAACAAUUAGCUAAAUUAUUGGAAUCUUGGAAUUUUCGGUUGUGCUCAAUUUUUCUGGUAGAUUCACAAUUCAUGAUUGAUGGGGCGAAAUUUUUGUCGGGUACGAUGGCCGCCCUCAGUGUGAUGGUGAACAUGGAGUUGCCUCAUGUAAACAUUCUUAGCAAAAUGGAUUUGCUGAGUAAGACUAGUAAGGGGCAGUUGGAUAAGUACCUGGAACCAGAUCCUCAAGCUCUGCUGGGUGAAAUCACGAACGAGUCAUCGUGGGGUAGGAAAUACAGGAAACUGUCUGAAACCAUCGGUCUGCUAAUAGAGGACUUCAGCUUGGUUCGCUUCACACCGUUGAACAUUAACGACGAGGAAAACAUUGCCGAUUUGCUACUGAUGAUUGAUAAUGUGAUUCAGUUUGGAGAAGAUGCGGAUGUUAAAACUCGUGAUUUUGAUCCACCUGAGCCUGACGAUCUGGGAGAAGAUGACUUCCAAAGCUAGACAAUAAAGAUUAGUCAGAUGUGGACAAUGUA